AUGAUGAUAGAGUUUGUCGUAUUUGAUUCUCAGGGCUUGUCCGCUCCAAGCUCACAAAAGACGGGUGGUGUGAAGCUGAUCUCGGAAGACAUCCAAGAAAUUUUGAAGAUCGACGUCAGUGUAUUGAUGGGAGCAAAUUUGGCCCAUGAAGUGGCUAAUGAC